AUGCUCCUGAGCACGAGGAGCCGAUGCAUUAACCGCCUGUGGCGAUCCAGGGCGACCCUGCUCCGCCGGCCCCGCGCGACGCAUUGCCGCGCGCUGCAAUCGUCGACCGCAGCGGCGGCUCCCGGCGAGGACGGGCGAUACGCCGGCGCGGACGCCGCUGCCCUGCCGCGCUUCUUUUCGUUCGAACUGCCCCAAGCUGCCGGCCGGAGCGUGCAGCUCGGCGCUGACGAGGCGCGCCACGCGUACCGCGCGCUGCGGCUGCAGCCGGGGGACCCUCUCGAACUCUGUGAUGGCCGCGGCCACCUCGUGCGGUGCGAGCUGGUGCAGGCUGACAAGGGCUCUGCGACGGUGUGCGCCGUCGAGGCGCCGCGCGAGCUGCCCUGGCGCGGCCCGCGGCUCGUGCUGGCUGUCGGGUGCCUCACCCUCGCCGGCGGCCGCACAGACUGGCUUGUGGAGAAGGCCACAGAAUUGGGGGCCCACAGCCUGGUCCCUCUGGUCACGGAGCGAUCAAACGCCGGCGCCGGCCGGUCAAAGUUCCGGACCGGCAAGGUCGGCGGCGGCGGCGGUGGCGGUGCAGCGGCAGAGGCGGCGGCAGGGGAGGAGGACUACCGGCCCGCGGGGCGGCUGGCGCGGCUGGCAGCCGCGGCGAUGAAGCAGACGCAGCGCGCGCACGGCCUGGAGCUGCGGCCGCCCACCGCGCUGCGGGACGCGGCGGCGGAGGCGCGGGGCGCGGCGCUGGCGCUUGUCGCGGCGGGCGGCGCGCCGCCGGCGCUGCGGCAGCUGGAGGAGGCGCGGCGGCGGGGGGCCGGCAGCGGCGUCGGCGAUGACGGCUCGCAAGCCGACACGGACCCAUGGGACGGCCGACAGAUCUGGCUGCUGGUGGGCCCAGAGGGCGACUUUUCGCCGUCCGAGGUUACCACCCUGCUCGACGCUGGCGCUCUGCCCGUCGGGCUGGGGCCCCACCGGCUGAGGACGGAAACAGCCGCGCUGUCGCUGCUGGCCGUGGCGGCCGCGUUUGUUGAUGAUGCGCGGCAAGGCGGCGCGCCGCCGCUGCCGGCGCCCCCCGAGUAA